UCUCUCCCAUCUUCUGUAAACUAACCACAUUUUUUUCCAUUUUUCUAUGCGAGUGCGAGAUUCCGAGAUUUCUGAUUCAGCUCCAGCACCAUCACUCAACAUCUGAAAAAAAAAAAAGAAGAAGAAGAAAGAAAACCUACAUCUAGCAUAGGGGAGGAACGAACAGAGGACCUCGGUGAUGAAGAGAGAGUGCUUCGAAGUCCCCCUCUGACGCUUCUACGUUUUUUGUUUUCUCUUUUUGCAAUUGGUUACAGAAAAUUCCGGCAAGUUUUAUAGCUCGAAAAUUCUAUGCGUGAGGAAAUAUCGCUACUGCUACUGAUUACGGUUAAUCGAAGUCUUUCUCUCGAGCUCUGAAUUUGAUGAUGCGUGUUGGAAGGUGUUUCCAUUUUGGUUGAUCGGAUAGGGAGAUCGGUGUGGUUUGUACAGACUGGAAUAUCAAAAAUGGAAUAGCAGUUUCUGUGGAAGAAAUCCGGAAGCUCUCAUGCAAUUAAGAUUCGCAAGGUUUGGAUACGUAGAGUUUUAGAAAAUUUUCUUACAUUGUUCCUAGAAAUCCGGUGGAGAAUCAGCAGAUGUAUUCGUGCCGAGUGUUUUGAGGGAGUAGAUCUGAGGAUGUUAGGAGUGAGUGAUGGAGUAAGUUUUAUACGUUUCAAGAAAAUUGAGGAUCUUUUCUAAAGCUCCAACCUCUGUUUUCCGAAAGUAUAAGUAGGGACUGUGCCAUUCAACAGCUUUCUUUUAUUUUCCUUUUUACAGCACAAGUACUACUCCUCCUCUUCCUCCUUUUUUUUUCGAAAAAUGAAAGAGAAACUAUCAAAUACGACUGUCAGAAGAGUUUAGGUGGUGACGAGUAACAGCCAUCAACUCAUCCUCUUAAGAUCUUCUGAGCUCAUUUUUGGAUUUCCCAGCGACCAAUUUUGAGGAUUAACCGCGGUGCUAGAGGUGGAAAAAGAAAGGAAAGAGUGACCGAUUGCUGAAAGCACGUUAAAUGGAAUGGAAUUACAAUUUUUGGCCGUUUUCCAAAGUCCAGUAAGUCGGUGGCAGAAAAUGGUUUAGACAAGUCUGAAUGCAGUAAAUGUUUCCUAUGAAAGGAAGCCAGCUUUUUCAUCUUGAAGCCUCUCCGUGAAAGUUUCCUACCGGAACAGGAGAUUUCUGUGGUAUACUGGUAUUUAUGAAACAGAGGCCUUGGGUAUAUGAACGAGUUUUGGGAUGGCAGAUGAUGCAAAAGAAGCGCGGUCACUGGCCUUGACUCCAACAUGGUCUGUUGCUUCUGUAUUGACGAUCUUUGUUGCUGUUUCCUUGCUUGUGGAACGUUCCAUUCAUCGGUUAUGCUCUUGGUUGCAGAAAACCAAUCGAAAACCUUUAUAUGAAGCUGUGGAGAAAAUGAAAGAAGAGUUGAUGCUGCUGGGAUUUAUAUCACUCCUUCUAACGGCUACCUCAAGCAUGAUCUCAAAUAUUUGCAUUCAAUCAAAGUUCUAUGACAGUAACUUCUCCCCAUGCACCAGGUCUGAGGUUGAAGACACAGAAACUGAAAAUAAUUCUUCUAAGGACCGUAAACUGUUGAUGAGUUACGUUCUUCAUCGUUCAUUUAGGAGGAUAUUGAGUGGUUUGAACCAGAAUACCUGUAAAGAGGGUCAUGAGCCAUUUGUUUCAUAUGAAGGUUUGGAGCAGCUGCAUCGUUUUAUCUUUGUCAUGGCAAUAACACAUGUAUCUUACAGUUGCUUAACAAUGUUACUGGCAAUUGUUAAGGUCAGAAAACCAAAGAACAAAGCUGUUCACUAUAUGUGGAUGUUCAAAUAUUAUUACCCUUUAUUGAUAAGUGUGUUUCCUUUUUUUUCCCGGCAGAACCACCACCUCACAUCAAAAUAUGAUUUCCACAGCUAUAUGAUUCGUUCUAUGGAAGAAGAGUUCCAAAGAAUAGUUGGUGUGAGUGCACCACUUUGGGGAUUUGUCGUUGCAUUCAUGCUGUUUAAUAUUAAAGGGUCUAAUCUCUAUUUCUGGAUAGCCAUCAUUCCCAUCACUCUUGUUCUUCUGGUUGGUACAAAGUUACAACAUGUUAUAGCAACUUUGGCCUUAGAGAAUGCAGGCAUAACUGGAUUUUUCACAGAGACAAAGCUAAGGCCUCGAGAUGAUCUUUUCUGGUUUAAAAAACCAGAAUUAUUGUUAUCCUUGAUCCAUUUUGUUCUUUUCCAGAAUGCGUUUGAGUUGGCUUCAUUUUUUUGGUUCUGGUGGCAGUUCGGGUACGACUCUUGCUUUAUUAAGAAUCACUCGCUGGUGUACAUACGGUUGAUUUUGGGGUUUGCAGGGCAGUUCCUCUGCAGCUACAGUACCUUGCCAUUGUACGCGCUGGUUACUCAGAUGGGGACAAACUACAAGGCCGCCUUGAUCCCACAAAGAAUAAGAGAGACAAUCCAUGGAUGGGGGAAAGAAGCAAGGAGGCGGCGGCGGAGGCUUAAGGGCUUCACCGAUGAUUCAACCAUACACACAGAUACAAGCACAGUGCAUUCCCUUGACGAAGAUGAUGAUCCCGAAUCACUCGAGGGCCCUUCCGUGGGUACAUACACAGAAAUUGAGUUACAACCUGCACCUACUGUUACAACGAGUCCUUCAGUGGUUUCCAAUGAAACCUCUAGCAGGGUUGGUACACCACUUCUUCGAAAUGCAGCUUCUCACUCUUCUACGAUUCCCUUAGGUCUUCAACAGGAGGAAUUUCACAGAUCCUCAUCAAUGCCAGUUAGAAGAGAUAAAUGAACCGGAAUUUUCCAUUGAUGAGUGCUAGAAUAAUAAGGCUUUUUUUAGUUUAUAAAUGUAUAAAGAAUUUGUGGUCUAAUAGAUUAGCUUUAAGGUCUUGAAGAUCUCAAGUGCUAAUUCAAAGAUGUAAAAAAGAGAAGUUUUAGUAUGAGCACCUAUAUUUUUGGCAUACUGGGAGGGAGGUGACAUGUCGGGACGAAGGGCACUCAAGUCGAAAAAGUUUCAUGUUCUUGUAUCAUAUUUUGUAAUUCAAGCACCAAAAUUGAAGGAAUGAUCAUACGAAUUUGUUUUUA